AUGGCUUCACUUCAUUUGUUGGCUACUCUUCUUCUUAUUCUUGGCUAUGGUAGAAGUCUUAUUGCUCAUAUUAUUGAUGAAGCUUCUCAUCAAACUACUCACUAUUCUUCUAAUAACAUGAUAAUUCCAAACCAUACAUAUAGACCUUCUUUUCACUUCUUGCCUUCAAAGAAUUGGAUGAAUGGGCCAAUGAGAUAUAAAGGAAUGUACCAUUUGUUCUAUCAACACAAUCCAAAAGCUGCAGUUUGGAAUACCGCUAUUGAAUGGGGCCAUUCUAUAUCAAAAGAUCUUGUCAAUUGGUUUCCAUUACAACCUGCUCUUACCCCAAAUCAACCUUAUGAUAUCAAAGGUUGUUGGUCAGGUUCAAUCACUAUUCUCCCUAAUCAAAAGCCCUUCAUUUUAUACACAGGAAUUGACCAUAACAAUCACCAAACUCAAAAUUUAGCCAUGCCCAAAAAUUUAUCUGACCCAUUACUUAGGGAGUGGGUGAAAUUACCAAACAACCCUCUAAUGAAACCAACUUUGGGUAACAAAAUAAAUGUGACAUCAUUUAGGGAUCCUACCACUGCUUGGCUUGGCCAUGAUGGGUUUUGGAGAGUGAUUGUGGGAAGCCAAGAGAAUGAAAAGGGGAUUGCAAUUUUGUACAAAAGUAAAGAUUUUUUGCAUUGGAUUAAGGCCAAACACCCUUUAGAUUCAGCCAAGAAAAGUGGAAUGUGGGAGUGCCCUGAUUUCUAUCCUGUGUCCACUAAGGGCAAAAUUGGAAUUGAAACAUCAGUUGAUGGUCCUCAAGUUAGGCAUGUUCUCAAGGUUAGCUUGUAUGACACUUCACAUGAUUACUAUCUUAUUGGAACCUAUGACACCACCAAGGAUGUUUUUGUUCCUGAUGAGAAGGGAUUUGAUAAGGAUGAGUUGUACUUGGUCCAAAGAUAUGAUUAUGGGAAAUUUUAUGCAUCUAAGACUUUCUAUGAUGAUGCAAAAAAGAGAAGGGUCUUGUGGGGUUGGGUUAAUGAAUCUUCAGUUCAACAGGAUGAUGAAAACAAAGCAUGGUCUGGAAUCCAGGCAAUUCCUAGAAGUGUGUGGCUUGAUGAAUCUGGGAAGCAACUAAUUCAAUGGCCAAUAGCAGAAAUUGAAAAACUACGUGGCCACCAUGUCAAGUUGCAUUCCAAAGUACUAAAGCCAGGGACAUUGCUUCAAGUAUCUGGUGUCACUGCAGCACAGGCAGAUGUUGAAAUUUCAUUUAAAGUAAGCAAACUUAAAAAUGUUCAAGAACUGAACUCUAGUUGGAAACUGGACCCCCAAAUUGUAUGUAGCCAAAAAGCAAAAGGAGGAUUUGGUUUGCUAGUUUUGGCUUCAAAGGACAUGCAAGAAUACACAUCAGUGUUCUUUAUGAUAUUUAAAACCAACAAAAAAUAUGUAGUGGUCAUGUGCAGUGACCAAAGCAGGUCUUCCUUGAAUCAUAAGAAUGAUUUGACCACUUAUGGUGCUUUUGUGAAUGUGGACCCUGCUCAUGAAGAGUUAUCACUAAGAAUCUUGAUUGAUCAGUCAGUAGUGGAGAGUUUUGGUGGAAAAGGGAAAGCAUGCAUCACAUCAAGAGUUUAUCCCACGUUGGCAAUCAAUGAUAAGGCACACCUCCAUGCAUUCAAUAAUGGAACACUCCAUGUCAAGAUCAUAAGACUAAGUGCUUGGAGCAUGAAAAAAGCCAAGGUCAACUGAAAUAAUAAAAGCAUG